GGUUGCAGUAAGGAGCAACGAGACAAGACUCAGUCGUGAACACUAACCUUGAGAAUGUUUGUACUUUCUUCAGGGCCCGAGUCGCACCAGUGAAAUAGUGUGCUGGAAGUCUUGGAAUUUUGACUGUGGUUAUAUUCGUAGCAUAAGAACACAUAAGAGAAAAUGUGAUAUAUGCAUCAAGAUAUAUUAAGAGAAUGAAAGACACUUGUGAGCACGGAGAACAUUAAGCGUGGAUGACGCCUUUUGAGCGUUGAUGGAGAGCACCAUAUGAUCCCAGAGGACAUGCUCCGGGCGAGCCAUCAUGGGGCAGAACACCAGCAGACACACCAGGUUACAACCUCAGUUGGUGGUUCAACAGAAACAGCGUGGCGUGCCUACCGAUAAGGAAGAAUUGUUUGCAUGGCGCAAUACAAACAAAUUUAUUCAUCUACCUCCAAGAGGACAGGAGGCAUUCUUUAAAUUUCUUCGAGGUUCGAAAUAUUCGGAAGAUAAAGACAUUAUAGAUAUAGAUGUCAGAGCAGAAGGAAUGACAAAUGAUGCUAGAAGGUAUCAGUUUUGGCUGAAAACAAAAGGGAUGGAUUUGUCAAACCUUUUUGAGAUUUAUAUUUCUGAUGAUGAGACCAAGUUACCAGAUGUUAAUGAUUGUUUAACUAAACACACGAACGAGAGUGAAUACUUAAAGGAAAAGGUAAGAGGUGCUGAGAAAGUUGAUGGUUUUGUACAGGAAUUAAAAGAUAUGAUGGAACCAAAGCUAGAUCAGUCAUUUACUGAUUUUAAGAAAAGUCUUGAAAAUACAUAUGGGAAGAAUGGAGAAAAUAUAAAAUAGUGCUUUUUAAAAUAGUAAAAAUAAAGUUACAAGAAAUUGUAAUGAAUGCAUUAAUUCUAUGUAUUCUUAAACCAAUACGGCUAGCUCCCAUGAUUGUAGUGUAUUUUUUGUAGUGAUUGACACAGGUGCUUGUGAUUUUGAAAUAUAAACUAUGAAUUUCCCAUCAAGUUUCAACUAAGCCAUUCCUUUCAAGAUGGUUAUUUGAAAGGGAAAUGAAAUAUUUGCCUUGCAAGUGCUUUCUGUGGUUUAAAUAAUGUUUAGAGUAACUAGACUUUUAAAAUGCUCUCCAUAUGCGCAUUUUAGAUUACAAAUCAAAUCAUUUGUAUUCCAUACUACUGUAUUGCUCAGUCAUAAUGUUCUGUUUUAUAUUAAGUACACAGUAUAUAGGAAUAUUUUCUACUUGGUGUUUAUAUCCAGUUAUGUUGGUGAGCUCAUAUGUUUGCAAUUUAUUUUUAGUCAUUGGUUUUAAUAUUCCAUCUUUAAAGGUGUUUUAUGGUCAGGUUACCAUUGUGACUGUAAUGAGAAUGUAACUGUAGAACACACAUUAGCACACUUAACAAAUGAAACAAUUAAGAACAAAGAAUUGUUUAACUAGGUAUAUUUCUUGUACAUUUUAUCAUAAGAAUUGCAUGGCAAUUCUUGUGAAAAAAAGAUGGGGUAGAUAAAAAACUAGGGGCCUGUCUUCUUCAUAAACUGCAGAAUGAGCCUCGGAUUUGAGAAUUGCACUGGGUCCAAAACUUUGAUUAGCUCACUUUAGCGAUGGGAUGAACAUUGUUUCCUAAAAAUUCUUGUGAUCUUCAAUUUUGUCUCGUUGGUUGGUUUUCAAUGAACUUCUGCAAUAAACAAGGAGAUUUUUUUGUUUUUGUCUGUCUCCAAUCUUAAAUAUCAGGGCUCACUUUAUCCCUUUGUUAUUAUUUGAUCCUCAGGCCAGAGUGUUUACUUUUCUCUUGUGCCCUAAUAACAGUUGUUAUAUCACUUGCAUGUAAAUGGUCACCUACUAAUAAAUUUCUGAAAAUGUUCUCUGCACACCAGACUGGUUCUUACUCAUGUCAGGGUCUAACCUUGGUAGAAUCAGCAGCCAUGUGCAGAUAAGAAGUAAUUCUACAAUCAUACUUAACUGCAGUUUAUUUGCAUGUUUCAUUGGCGAGUCCAAAGCAUUGUCAGAGCUGUGAUAUCAAAUAACCAGCAGGGUUGGAUAUCAAUGAAUGAAUUUAGUUGGUCUCCAUACAUUCCAUAAGUUAGCAAUCAGAAUAUGUAAUUUUUAAGUCUGCAAUACAGCACAUGCUUGCAUUUGGUUUGUUGCUCAGGUCUUGAUAACCAUUACUGUUUUGUCAUUUUAUCAGACAAAGUUUACAUUUUUAUCUGCACCUGCCAAUUUCAUGAAUGUUAAGUAUAAGAAAAUUAUAUGUACUGUAAUGAGAAACUAUGCAAGAAUAUUUGACAGUACUAUAUAAUUUUAAUUUUUCAAAUGUUCAACAAAGUUAUAAUUAUUUUGUCAUAAGAAAUCCAUUCUUAAAUCCAAGUGAUCAUUGCAAGCUUGAAUCAUAUAUUGGAGCAGAUAGUGAAUUGCAGGAAUAUUCACUUAAAUGAAUUGCAGUAUCUCUAAAAUGCAGCGAUACUAGAAACUUUUAGAUAAGCAAAUAAUGUUAUAUAAAUGAAUGAUUUAGAACUGAAUCUCAACAAUUAUCUUGAAAUACCAGGCUUAACUGAAAACUGAUAACGAUAGUUUACAUAUAUUCAUUUGGGUCACUAACUGUGUAUACAUGUUGUAAUAAAAGAUAUGACAAGUGUUCAGUAUUUAGUGUUGAGACUGUUGAAUCCCAUGACCAUAGAGCUGGUAAGAAGGGAUUGGAAGAAUGGAUGAGGAUGCGCUGAAUGGGAUGUGAGGUGGAGGGGGAAAGUUAAGGCGGUGGCCCAGCCACCUUGGAUUAGAGCUUGCUGACGAUAAUAUGUAGGCAUUUGAAGGUUAUAUGACGUCUUGCGGCAGAUGUCAUACAGGAGGUUUUGCUCUUCUGUGUUGGCCAGCUUCCUUCUUGGUGGUGUCGGGUGCCUGAUUAUUACAUUUUCUUCUGUUUUUGUACUGUGUAUUUGGCUGGUUACUGGAGAGGUUACUGUUUGGGUAACAUUUGUAGCACAUCAGGUUGAAGAGUUCUUGGUAUAGUACAGUAGUGCCGCAACCAGUGAAUUGUCUCUGCUUUUACAUACCACUUAAGGGGUAAACCCAGUUUCUUGUCCUCCUUGUAACUCUUGUUGUAAUCUCUGGACAUUCUUGUCCUUUAGCUCCAAAGUGUAAUUGCACUUGCUUGCGGCCAUUAUUGUUUCCAUCCACCAGCCAUCUCGUGUCCAUAUGAAGUUGAUGGGGGGGGGGGGGGUGGCCUUGAUGUAGUCUGAACAAGAUGUGGAGAGUAUUUGCUGUCAUGUCAGCAGUUGUGGAAGUGUGCUGAUGACGUCCACCGAGGCAUCAGAGUUGAUUGUAGAGUAGGACUCUUCCUGAUUAGAUAUUGGCAGGGUUGCUGGCUCAAUUGCAGGAUUAGCUGUAGGUAGGUUCCUCAGUUGUUGGAGUGGGCGGUCUUGCAGUGGGAUGAAAUACUAGGGUCAGUGAUGAAGGACCUGUUGCAGGAACAUGGGACGCUGUGGGUGAGGCUGCAGGUGCCAUUGCCAGAGUGGGAAGGAGAUCAUCAGUCAUUUUGUUAGCAAGGUGGAGGAGUACAGAAAGCAAGGUGGUGGUGGUGGUGGCUGCAGACUUUGCUGGUGGUAGUGAAGUCGGUUGGGUGUGGGUCACAACCACUGCCCAGGGGCCAGACGGUGGUGAGGUAGCUGCUUCUUGAAGUGUACUGCCGGGCAGGGCAGGGAAUGCUUCUGAUUGCCAAUUGGCCAGGCGAGGAGUGUUGGAGGCUGCACUCGCCACCAUUUUAAGAUCCUCCUGUCUGUAGGGGCAAUCAGGUGACAUGGCAGUUUUCUCGCCAUUGCAAAGUAAGCAGCAUUGGUGGUUGGCCGUACAGCUCAACAUGUGUAGUGUGGUCCUGGGUGUAAAUACUGCAUUUCCCUAUUGCCGUGUGCAUUUCUUGGUGAAGUGCAUACACGGGUAGCACUUAAAACACUGCCUCAGCUCUGUGUACCUUUUCUUCAUGAAGGCGGGUGCCAUUGCAAUUCUAUAGCAUGUAAGGCCAUUUUCAGUGGUAAGGGUCGCUGCAGAAGCUGUACCGUUGCAGAAGCCACUGGCAAUGAGUUUAGCUGCGACUGCAGUCAGUGCCAGGUUCUGAUAGUUGAUGUUGGUGAGGAUUCCAUCGUUUUUUUGGAUGGUAAUCCAUGAGUUGAUGCGUCUGGCAAAUAUGGUCCUAUCUGCCAGAUAGAGCCGUAGUAGAGCGAGUGCAAGGUUGGCAGCAAGCAGGGCGGUCUGAGUUGGUGUGGAGAAUGGUUUGUAGAGGUCCUUGUCGCUGGAGAAUAGUAGUACUGUACUGUUUAACACUGCCUUUGCCUUCUUGGAUGGUGAAUAUUGCCAGUAUUGGAGAUUUUCUCCAGUAUUUUAGUCUUGGCGAACAAGUGGUUAUCACGGAAUUGAACUUUAAGUUUUUGCACUGUGGUAACAGUAGCCCUGUACUAUAGAUGCACCGAUAAACAGAUCACUCCAGCUGCUACCUUCUCAACAGUGCACAGUAGCGAAGGAUGGCGGUGUUUGUGUUGAAGCAGAGAGGAGCAGUGUCUUUUCAUGUGUCCUGUUGAUUAACUGUCUUGUGAUCAUUUAGUGUUACCAGGAACAAAAGUUACUAUGGGGGAAUGCAAGAGCCUGAUUUUUCUUUCAAAGUAUUAUACAGCAAUAGUCAUGCCAUUUCCAGAUAUAGUAGUUUAUACUGUUGUUAGUGUUAACAACUAAUUUUAAUGUUCAGAUAAUUCUAGAUGUCUUUGAAGUACUGUAUGAAAUACAUUUCCUUUAGUGUUUCUUAUUUCAGGUCUUAGAACAUUACUGAAUAAUAACAAUACAUUUCCUUUAGUGUUUCUUAUUUCAAGUCUUAGAACAUUACUGAAUAAUAACGUGUAAAGCUCCUUAAGGAUGAUCCUCAUAGUAAAUCAGUUUUUCUUCAUGGACUUUGUAUCCCUGAUGUAUUAUGCUUUCUGAUAAAACAGUAAGUAGUACACUAUUAUGUACCACUAGAUGAAUCGCAAGCAUUUUCAAAGCCCCUGUACAGUACUGUAUAUGAAGGUGUUAGCUGUGACAAGUAAAUUUUCACCAUACUGUACGUUAAGUAAUGGUGGAUUCACCAUUACUUAAAUGUACAGUAAUGUACAAUGUACUUCACCACAUUGUACAUUUAAGGUGGCCCAAUAUUUGUUCAGUGGUUAUACUUCUGAAAAAGUUUAAUAAAAUAUCCCAGUAGGGACAACUGGUUGAAAGUGACCGACAUGACAUACUAUAAACAGUGUGUCAAGUUGGCCACUUUCAGCCAACGAUGCCCACUAGGUUAAAGGUGCAGCACAGUACUGUAUGUGGGGGGAAAAAUAGGGUUCAGUACCAACGAAUUCCAAAACGUAACUUUUUCCAUUCUCAAAACAUCUAUUUUAGUAUGGAUAUUUAAUGGUCACACAAUAUUCCAUCCACAAAUUUAGUACUGUACAUAAUACAAUCCAAUGCUUGGGAUGUGCAGUAAUGCAUAAAUACAACUAAAAAAUCUUGUAGAUCACAAGAAUGUAGGGUGUGAAGGAUUAGCAUAAUGUAUACAUGCUAUAGAAGAUUCACUCUUGUAAUUCUGUAACGUGGUACUUGCAUGCUUGACUCCGAAUCUGCAUCAUUCAACACUGCAGAAAUUUCAGGCCACCUGUAAUUAUUGCAGAAAAUGAGUACUUAUUUAUGACUAAAUGUGUAAAAAUAUAUGAAAUAAUUUCAUGUACUUAAAUGCAAUUACAGUACUUUUUUAUAAAGUAAUUUUUUAGUUUAUUAUAAUGAACAUGGAUGGUGCCAUGCUAAUAUUUGUGCAAUUUAUGGUUUAACAUUAGGCAUCUUGGGUCAAGUGCAACUCUUAAGGCAAGUUUUGUUUAUUUAGACAGUAUACAGUAUUUUAAUCUUUCUAAAGGGUUUAUGAAUUAUUGUGCAAUAUACAUACAUUUGUAAAAAAAAAAAAGAAGCCUAUACUGUAAUCCUUAUUUUCAAGUUGGUAAUACCUGGUUAUUGUACAGACAACGACAAAUUAUGAUACAUUAGAUUUGGACUUUGUCCCUUUCAUUUGAAUUGAUUCUUUAUCCUUUGUAUAUAUAUUUCACAAGGAAUUUUAUUGCAAUAUCAUCAGUGUGUAUAUUGUAGUGUUAUAAUACUGUAUUCCAUGUCUAACCUUUUAGUUGGUAAAGCUUAAUUUCUAUUACCAUACAGUAUUUUUAGUGCAAGAUGGACAAGAUAUUAGUGAUCCACCAAGCUGUUUUGAAGCAUAUGCUUGUCUAUUUUAUGUUUACUCAUUGCACUGUAAUUGUUACUAUGCAACUAAACUAUGAAAUAUAUUAAAUGGCAGUUUAUUAUGCCCAUGUAUCAUCACCAGAGGAUGAGUGCUAGACAUUACCAAAAGUAUUUUUGAAUUGAAAAUGUGAUAUAUUUACAUGUUUUGAUUUGAACCUAUGAUUUUUUUAGUAUAAUACAUAGUGCCAUUUAUUGCUUUCAGUAUUCAAGUUACAUUAUCAUCACUUCUUUGGAUUGCUAUGCCCAGAAAUUACCCAACAGACGAGUUUCUAUUGUUACCGUAUUUUAAAUUCAUCCAAGUAAUGCAAUUUGUUUUUAAAGUUUUUAUACUGUUGAAGUUAGAAAGUGAUUGUUAUCCUUUAUGAAUCAUUGAUUUAAUUUUAUAAUAUAUUCUAUUUUGUCAGGAAUUUUUUUAAUGUUAAUUAAAAAAUAAUUUUUGA